AUCGAAAAUCAUCUGUCGAUUAUAUUUUCCAAAAUUCUUGACAUCACACAAAAGAAAAACAAUCCGACCAAAAAAAAAAAAAAUAAUCAUGAAAUUCAUCAUUGCUAUUGCUGUUUGCACUUUGGCCGUUGUAUGCGUUUCGGGUGAACCAAAAAAACAUGAUUAUCAAAAUGAAUUUGAUUUUCUUCUCAUGCAACGUAUCCAUGAACAGAUGAGAAAAGGAGAAGAAGCAUUGUUACAUCUUCAACAUCAAAUUAACACAUUCGAAGAAAACCCAACCAAAGAGAUGAAAGAACAGAUCUUAGGUGAAAUGGAUACUAUUAUUGCACUGAUCGACGGUGUUCGUGGUGUUUUGAAUCGUCUUAUGAAACGUACCGAUUUGGACAUAUUUGAACGAUAUAACGUAGAAAUUGCAUUGAAAUCUAAUGAAAUAUUGGAACGUGAUCUUAAAAAAGAAGAACAACGUGUUAAAAAGAUUGAAGUUUGAAACAAAAAAAAAUUAAUUACAAAAACAAAACAAUUUUUGUGGACAGUUUGUAUUCAAUAAAAUAAUAUAAACUAAUUAAAAACACUGUGUAAUGUCCAUUUAUUCAAAUAAUAAUUGAACCCCUGAUCAUCAUCAUCGGCUUGCCACGAAGCUGGUUAUUAAAGUUCAAAUCAUAGUUUAAAAUUUCA